ACACAGCAUCAGAGUGAUGAGAGAGAGAGAGAGAGAGAGAGAGAGGAACCCACAAAAACCAAAACCAGAACCACCAAAGGAGGGGGAGAGGGCACAGUCCUUGUGUGCUUGAGGAGAGAAGCUGAAGGCUGAAGCAGAGCACAGAACCAGCCAAUCCCUCUCUCCUCUCUGUCUCUUUCCGUAUUGUCUCUCUGGGUCUCUCUCUGCGGGUCUGUCUGCGUGUGAAAAACAGUAAUUCUUGGAGAGAGAGAGAGAGAGAGGGGGGGAGGGGAAUUUAAAGGCCACCCGUUUGAUCGGAACCAUUUGAUCGGAACCCAUUUCUCGAGCCAGCUGAGGAGCACUUGUGCCACUUAGUGCCGUAUUUCUCUCUCUCUCUCUCUGUCUCUCUCUCUGCUGGGUCUGGUUUCUUGAAGAUCGUCCUUCGUGUCCGUACAAUGGAUGGGUACACUGGGGCCCACGAGGGCACGCGGUCGGAUCCUUCGCCGGAGUGGCCCGACGACUCGGGGGCCGAGACGGGCCUCGAAGGGCCUAUGUGGGAGCUGGAAGUGGGGGGCGGCGGCGAAUCCGACCCGGCUUACCCGGAGAGGCCCGAUGAAGCCGAUUGUAUCUACUACCUCAGGACUGGUUAUUGCGGGUACGGCGCGAGGUGUCGGUUCAAUCAUCCCCGUGAUCGGAGCCCGGUCAUAGGAGUGACAAGAGCUGGUGGAGCAGAGUUCCCAGAGCGAGCAGGCCAGCCGAUCUGCCAGUUCUAUAUGAGGACGGGUACGUGCAAGUUCGGUGCGUCCUGUAAGUACCACCAUCCCAGGCAUGGGGCUGGUUCCAGUAGUCCUGCACCGCUAAAUUACUAUGGUUACCCCUUUCGUCCGGGUGAAAAAGAGUGUUCCUACUACGUGAAAACUGGACAAUGCAAGUUCGGUGCAACAUGUAAAUUUCACCAUCCACAACCAGCGGGCAUACACGUUCAUACCCCAUCACCGCCACUUCAAGUUGCACCAGCACCUAUCCCUGUAGCUGCGCCUUCAUCGUAUCCAGCAGUGCAAUCACCAUCUGUCCCACCAUCGCAGCAGUACGGGUUAGUCAUGGCCAGGUCUCCUUUGGUUCCCUCAUAUGUUCAAGGCCCUUAUGGUCCUAUGCUGGUUUCUCCGAGCAUGGUUCCAUUUCCAAGCUGGAAUCCUUAUCAGGCACCUGUGAGUCCAUUAGCCUCUUCCAGUCCUCAAGCUGGUUCAGGAUCAAGUUCUGUUUAUGGGGUAACGCAGUUGUCUCCUUCUGCACCGGCUUUUCCAUGGCCUUAUCAACCUUCGCCUUCGUCUCUUGGCCCCUCAGUCAAUGGCCGGAGAGAGCAAUCAUUUCCAGAAAGACCCGGGCAACCUGAAUGCCAGCAUUACAUGAAAACAGGGGACUGUAAAUAUGGAUCGUCAUGUAAAUACCAUCAUCCACAGGACAUGAAUGCGUUGAAUGUAAAUAUUGUUCUUAGCCCCACUGGUCUGCCAAUUCGUCCGGGCGCACCUCCUUGCAUGCACUUUGCACGUGGAGAAUGCAAAUUUGGUCUUGCAUGCAAAUUUGAUCACUCGUUUGCGCCUCUCGGCUACAGUCCCUCGGCGUCUUCUCUCGGAGACAUGCCCAUCACUCCCUUCCCUGCUGGGUAUUCCUUCGGAAUGCUCGUUCCGUCAUACUCAUCUCCAGAGUCGAGGGCCGAAAUCAUCUUCGGACCCACAGAUGAUUCUCUGCCCACAAGAUCAUCUUCAAUGACGAGCAUGUCGGUUACAUCGGUUGGGUCAGCACGUCCAAGUAGUGGGCCUGCGCCCUCCCAAAUGCAUGAUCUGAGUUCCGCAAAUCCAGCUAGCUGCAACUCCAAAGAGGGUCAUAGCACUGGCUAAAAGAAUUGUAGCAGGACUUCUCUGGCUCCUCUCUUUGGCCGACCUUCCACGAAGUGAGAACCGUCACAAUUUUCUUAUGAGCAAUUCAUCAGAUAGGUGACAUUAUUUCUUUGUAGCUCUUAGGUCAUCUCUCUGCUCAUAGGGCCGUACCGUAGUCUAGGUUUUAAAUAAGACAUGGCCAACCUUCAAAGAUAAAGCAAAACCCAUCUAGUCAUCCACCUUCCCUUGCAAAUAACUGCGAAAAGCUUCUGCAGUCAAUAGCAUACCCACCCGGAUUCUACACGUGCUUGUUAUUUAUAUCCGAUUCUUUCCCCGAAAUGGGAAAUUCCGGUCCUUAGGCAUUCAUUGUGGGAAUUGAGUGUGUGCCUAUAAGCCUCACCACUGAGGCAACAAGCUUCAAAGUGAAACUCGAGAUACGCUUGAUCUUUCUAGUUUUCUCUGUUCGUCCUGGGUCCAUCUGUCGACCGAGGGCAUUGCUGCAAUGCAAAUUUCUGUAGAGAAAGAUGUAACCUUUUGGUUUUGUGCCAAUGAAGGAUAGACUUGAUCCUUUAUACUAUUUACAAUAUACUCAUACGAGGAAUACAAUCAAGCUUUGUGAUCACUUUAC